UGUCAAAUUAAGUGGGUACAAUUGCAGUAUGUGGAACGCUGUGAAACGGAACAUACAAAAAUCGCAAUCUCUCGCGCGAACUUGACAACAAACUUACGAAAACUUGCUGCUGCUGGGUGCUGUUGUUCUUGUGAAUCGGUUUAUUACGUGGAAGCUGCUGUAAAAUGAGUCUGCUCAAGCUUACCGGUUCGGCGUUGACCAGGACGGUGGCUGCUCCAAUGGUGACCGCCACGCGGGCUUCGUCACACUUUGUUUACACACCGGACGCAAAGGCCCCGAUCGAGGGCCCCACCAAGAAGAUGAACAUGUUCCAGGCAAUCAACAACGCGAUGGAUAUCGCCAUGGAGCGGGACAGCUCGGCGCUGGUGUUCGGAGAGGAUGUCGCAUUCGGUGGGGUUUUCCGCUGCUCGAUGGGUCUGCAGCAGAAGUAUGGGCGGGAUCGCGUUUUCAAUACGCCUCUGUGCGAGCAGGGCAUUGCCGGGUUUGCGAUCGGAGUGGCCAAUACCGGAGCGACCGCGAUCGCUGAGAUGCAAUUCGCGGACUAUAUCUUCCCAGCGUUCGAUCAGAUUGUGAAUGAAGCGGCUAAGUAUCGGUACAGGAGCGGGAACCUGUUCGAUUGUGGAUCGUUAACGUUCCGAGCGCCUAGCGGAGCGGUCGGACACGGAGCUUGCUAUCAUUCGCAGAGUCCCGAGGCGUACUUUGCACAUACCCCCGGAUUGAAGGUGGUGGUCCCACGAGGACCCAACAAGGCUAAGGGACUUCUGCUGGCGUGCAUCAAGGAAAAGGAUCCUUGUAUCGUUUUUGAACCGAAGACCCUCUAUCGGGCGGCGGUGGAGGAAGUUCCAGAAGCCGCCUUCGAAUCUCCUCUGGGGAAAGCGGAUGUCCUGCGAGCCGGAAACGAUAUGACCCUGAUUGGAUGGGGAACGCAGAUCCAUGUGCUCACUGAGGUUGCUGAUAUGGCGAAGAAACAGUACGGCGUCAACUGCGAGGUGAUCGAUCUGGUGUCGAUUCUGCCCUGGGACAAGGAAACCGUUUGUAAUUCGGCGAAGAAAACCGGCCGGGUACUGAUCGCCCACGAAGCCCCAUUAACGUGCGGAUUUGGAGCAGAGCUGGCCGCUACCAUCCAGGAGGAGUGCUUCCUCCAUUUGGAGGCCCCUAUCUCGCGGGUCACCGGCUGGGACACCCCCUUCCCGCAUGUGUUCGAACCGUUCUACAUCCCGGACAAGUUCCGAUGCCUGGCCGGAAUUAAGAAGCUGAUUGACUACUGAGCAAACCCGGUGGUAGGUGUCUAUCCGUUACGUUGUCUUCCGGUUUUUGGGGCUACGCCCUCUAGUUAGCUGUGACGCACUCCAAUCUGAUUCAGAAUCGAGAAACUUGAUGCAUUUAUUAGCUUUUAGGAUGAAGGAGAUAAUUGAUCGUACUGUGUCUUUACAGAUAAUGUAAUUCUGUAGCCAUAAAAAAUAAUGUGCUCUCAGGUUGCAAAGUAAAUGUGCCUUAUUUACAGAUUCGAA